UCAUUGGGGAUUUUCCACAAUAAGGUCUGACCCUGGGCGUCGCACGCGGACAGGUGUCAGCGUGGUUGGUAACAGUUGCUCAGGUGACUGAAGCCACAUCCCCAUGGAGACAGUCAGUCAUCUGCUGCUGACAGGCGGACCAGCCCACUCUGCAACCUGCAGCCUCACUCACACAUCCACUCAGACACACGCAGGGAGCAGCAGCGCUCAGGUGUCAUGGCCGGACAACUUCUCCACACAUGUGCUGCGAUAUUUCACCCAGUUUCUGCGUCGUUGCGUCUUUAAAACUCCUCUAUUUAUUUAUUCAUUAAUGAACUGAUUUCUGGAGGUGUGUGUUUGAUUUAACUCUCGGCUAUGGAUCGGCUGGAUGACUGGAGCUUCAAGUCCAAGAAAAUGGAGCUGGAGGAGGACUUCUACUUCGACUACGGAGCGGAGGAAAUGACAGAUUAUCAGGACCCCGGUGAACUUGUGGCUGCUUUGAAACAAAAGGAGGAAGAGGUUAUUUUGGCAGCCCAGCUGGGAAACGCAUUGCUCCUGGAAAACCGUCAGUUGAAAGAGCAGAGCGACAAACUUCAUGAAGAGUACGCAGACAAGCUGGAGGAGCUGGAGCAGGGCAGGCAUGAGCUGCGGCUGAAGCUGGAGGGCUGCCAGUCCCAGUGGGAGAGCCAAGUGUUGGACCUGGAGAGAGAUGUGAGGGAGCUGAGCGCUCAGGUGGAGCGGCUCACCCGGGCCCUCAGCGAGGCCGAGAGGGACCAGAGUCGAGCCCAGCUGGAGCACAGUGAGCACACGCAGCGACUCAGGGAGCAGCUCCACACUGCCAUGGAGGUGGAGAGAGCCAUGUCCAGUGAGCUGCAGGCUCUGAAACAGGAGCUCCAACAAAAAGGAAACCACAACAGGCCGCAGGACGAGGAGCUGAUCAGCGCCAUGAGGGAGCAGGUGCUGCGUCUCACCCAGAAGGAGCAGGUGCUGGAGGAGCGUCUGGAAAGUGUGUGUCAAGAAAACACCGAGCUGAGGGCAACUUUGGCCUCUUUACACACACGCCUGGCCCUGCACGACCAAGUCAACCAGCAGCACAGCCAGCAGCUCGCCGAGGCCUGGCAGGAGGUGGAGGUGGCGCGGGGUCGCUCUACACAGCUGCAGGCGCAGGUGGAGGAGCUUCAGGAGGAGGUGUCCCUGCACGACGGAAGGAGUCACGGAGACGCCUCGCUGCUGUCGGAGCUGGAGAGCAGCCUGGAGACGGCAGGGCUCGGGGUCAGCAAAGAAGAGAUAACACAAGAAAUGGGCUCCAUCCUUCGGUUGCUGCUCCCAUUGACUGGCUCGGGGAGGUCAGAGGUCAUGGAUCAACAGGAGGACAUGCAGGCGGUGCUGCAGCAGCUGAAGGGAGUGGCCCAGAGCCUGGCACAGACCUCCAGCCCUCAGGAGCUGAAUCGGGCUUUUGUCGACAGGACGGGCGAUCAGUGUGGGAAUCCGAGCGCAGCACAAGGACCCAGAGAUCAGAAGGUUCAGCUGCAGCAGGAAAACACUGAGCUGAGGCAGAAGCUGCAGGGCAUGCAGGAACAGACUGAAGUGGUCCAGCAGGCCAUCAGAGACCGAGAUGAAGCCAUAGCCAAGAAAAACCUGAUGGAGGCAGAGUUGGUGAGAAGUAAAAAUGACAUGAUGUCUCUGAACAACCAGUUACUAGAAGCCAUCCAGCGUAAACUGGAGCUGUCGCAGGAACUGGAGGCCUGGCAGGACGACAUCCAGAUCAUCAUCAACCAGCAGCUCAGGACCCAGCAGCAGUCGGAGCAUCCUCAGAAGAAGCCCGCCUCCAACGGCAUGUCCUUCUUCCGCAGGCCCAGCCGGACGCCCUCCACCUGGACACGCCAGCCCUCCUCCACCUCCAGCUCCACCUGGAGCUCAGACACUAAUCAGGGCAAAACCCAAUCCCCCUGGAGGGACUGGUUAAGACGAGGGAAAGGGGCAAAUAAUGGACAGUGAGUGUUAAACCUAACCCCUGAGGAUGUGCCAGGAUGUGAAGACAGGUCAGAGGGAAGUCACAAGUGCAGCUUCCUGUACGGCGAAAAGCCAUAAAGACACUUUAAGUGACCAACAACGGAGCCACUGCGGACAAAGACUCUUCAAAUAGGCACUUACUUACUUGUACACAUUUCACUGAGAGGCUGAGCCCUUCUAAAAUCUAAACUGUGACAACCUUGAACACUACAUUUUUUCACAGAAUUACAUUAGAAGGUUUGUUUGAGACUGUAGAUAUGUGCCUUAUUUUUGUAAUAUUAUGAAUGUCUUUAUGUCUGAGACUUUAUACAUGAAAUACAUGGUAGAUCAGUGGCAAGUAUUUGUUCACAUUAUUUAAUGUCACAGAUCAAAGAGAGAGAGAGAGAGUGAUCAAAUACUUCAUUUGUAAUUGUGCUGAAUCGUGUUGUUACACCAAGUCUGAUGUGAGAAGUUACGUUUUUUACUGACAGCUUUGCUCAAAAGCUAAAUAUGUAAAAAUGUUGAUUGUAAAAGUAACAAUGUAUGUCUUCAUGUACACUGACAUAGCUGUUUCUUGUUAUUUUUCGUUCUCUGAAUGAUGACUUGGUGUUGUAUGUGUGAAGCUGACACGUUGAUGUUUGUUCUGUGACUCAGUGUUAAAUAUCAAAGCUGCUCAGUACAAACUGGGUUGUUUCCUAAGCUGUCUGACUGGCCACAUCUGGAAUGAUUGCUGGAUAAUUUCACAAAACAUCAAAUAAUAUGUACAGUUUUGUGUUUUUGAGUAUUUCUGUUCAAAAUGUUAAAGUGAAGAGGGAAGAAUCGGCCAGCUGACGACACACCUGCACAAGAUGUUUUGUUGGAAAACUACUCAGUUCAGAGCAACAGUCAUUCACUGUUUUAUUUAGAGUUAGUAUUAUUUUGGAAAAGUACAUUGUCUUUUUAAUAUCAUGGCAGAUUUCUCUGAAACAACUUGCUAAAUGCACUGACUUGUUUGUAGAACCUGUAGAAUAUAAAGCGUGCCUGUAGAAAUGCCAUCAUUGCUUCCGCAAAGUUCAAAUUGUACUGUUCAAAAAUUGCAUUCCAACACGUUGAACUUGACUGACAGGUGAAGGAAGAGGAGUUAACUGUAAAUGUUUUCCUCAGCUGAUAAACAGUACAGCAUAGGGCUUAUUGCAUUGCAAAGAAAAUUAUUCUGCUGACUUUAAAACUUCAAAGUAACAAGUACUUUGGGACCUUCAUAGAAAUGUAGGCUUUCAAGUGUAGUGGAGUCAAAGUCAUACAUUUCUAAAUAUGAAAAAUACUCAAGUCAAGUACAGAUUCCUGAAGAAGAAAUUCUUAUGAGAGGAUUAUAUCAGGGAACUAGAAAAUGUUUUCAAUUUAAAGAGUUGCAACUAAUUUUCUCCUGUACAAAAUCAAAAUGCAGCACCAGUCGCAGGAUGACCUGAUACUGAGAUAGUUUGACACAAAUUGAAAAAAAAAGUAUCUGUAUUGUUGAAAGUAAUUUGUACAUGUACUGGAGAUCCACCAAAUCCUCACUGAGUCUACAUGUUUGAUACACACAAUUACAAAGCUAAAAUGUUUUGUUUUUUUAAUAAAUCUUGACCAAAUUCUUGAAAAAAAAUGAUUGCAGCAAUUUCAUUUACAGGGUUAGAGGUACAUUUCACUGCCUCAUAACAUGAAAAGGAUAUAUCAUAUUUGUGAUUCAGUGAUUAAUAAAGUAAAAGAUCAAUAACAGUUAUGAAAUUGUGACAUCAUCAGGUAAAUUAAAUUGCUUUCCUUGCAAAAUAAACUUUCUUAUAUACA